GUGUAGUCUGCAGCUUUGUGUGGAAAUCGAAGAAGUAGCUAUAAAUAAGACGUUGGUGGUAAGUUCCAUAUUAUUAUUUGAAAUAUUAAUUUUUUCGGGUAUUUUUAACAUCAUGUUUCUUGAAACUUCGUAAAAAAAGUUUGAAAUGCUUAAAACUCUGAUCGUGCUAUAAUUUCAUUACAAAAGUUAUUAUAAAAAUAAAAAAUAAAAUUAUAAAUUACACUUUAGAAAUCUUAUGAAGACUCAUUGUAACUUUAAUCGUUUUUCUCCUUCAACACACAACUUUAAAAAAACGUAAAUAUUUUGAAUGCACAAAAACAAACAAGAAAACGUGCAUUUUUUUAUCUUUAUGAAAUUCUUAUGAAAGUGGUGAAUUCGUCAAUUCGUUAUUGGUCUAAAUCAGAACUUUUAUUCAUCUCAAACAUUAUUUUUUCCACGAAAUAAUUAAUUAAAAUGUUUAAUACAAUCUUUAUUCAUAAUAUUUGAUAUAUUUAAUGCGCGAAACAUUUUAUGUGUUUUAUAAUAUUAAAUUUCACAUUUUUAUGAAUGAACAAUUCAAUUACAAUAUAGAAACGAGCGACAAUCUUUGGUGGGAGAAUGAAAGCAAUUUGAUGUCUUAGUUGUAAGAUUAUACAUUGAAGUUUUGUUUUUUUCCGAACUUUUUCUGAUUAUAUUCAUCAUUUCACUGAUAAUAUUAGUCGUAAUUCUUUUACCUAGAAAUUAUCACUAUCAUGGUCUUAAGUCUCCUUAAUUAAUUUUUGAUUAAUUCUGAAUUGAUGACAAGAAGCUCUUAUCAGAUGCUCUUUGUUGCUUGUCCAAUAAUACGAGAAAAUGUUUGUAUUAAAUAAAAUUUAGUUGUUUGUCAAGAAAGUGGGUUUAAAAAACAGAUAAACAAACAUGCUAAAAAAUGGUAGGAGAUUACAUGUUAUUCAUUGAUAUUGCUCAAAUUGUGAACAAUACAGUUAUCAAAUAAAAAACCGCCAAUAUUGUAAAGUUACAUCUAAAAGAAUGAGUGAAAUUGAAAAUUAUUAUUAAACUCGCAGGUAAAUAUUGCAAAACAUACAAAAAAUAUAAAAAAAUUAAGAAAUUCUUUAGAAUUGAAUUGAAAGUAUUCUCCCAGUUGCACUCAAGCAAAAGGUCAUGUUAGAUAAGUAUAUUUUUAUCGCUCCUUAUUAAAUUUACUAAUAGCAAAAACUGAAGCUUAUCAAUAAUUAACAACAGUUCAAUAUUCUUAUUUAUGUUGGCAAGUUUUCAUAUUUGUGUUUUUUCAGAUUUUAUUUGAAAAUGGUUCGGAAUGUGGUGCUUUUGUUAAUAGUGUUAAUAGCCAUAACAAGAACAAAAGCAGUUGUAACAAAUGAAGAUAUCAGGGUAGCAAUUUUACAAAUAGUGAAAGUUGUUAGAGCGACGGAUGAUAAGUUAGAAAGGCAUGAAUUUCGUGAUAGGGCCGUUAGUGAACAAUUGAAAAAAGGUUUGAUCAACAUCGAUAGAAAAAUCAAAAUGUUGGAUCCACUUAAAGGGACAGUUGGUAGAUUAGAUGAAAGACUCGCCGCUGUCGAAACUAUACUCAUGCAGAAAAACGAAGGGGAAAAAAUGCAAUUGCAAAGAACGUAUGAAGCCGUUAUUGACAUACAAAAAAAUUUGCCAGUUUUAUUGGAAGAAAUGAAAAAUGAGAUAAUAUCUAAAAUUACAGCACACGAACCACCAGCUCAAAUCACGGAACCAACUAUUUCAAAAAAAGAUUUUGAAAAACUAGAAAAAGAAUUCAUAAACAAAAUUGAUAAAGUUAGUAAUAUCAUAGGAAACAUAGAAACCGAACUUCCCAAAUUAAAAGAAGAUUCGAAACACGUAAAAGACAUUCACGAUAAGUCUUCAGAUAAUCUCGAAAAAUUAAAAAAACAUAUUGACGAUAAUCAACAGCUAUUGACGAAGUUCGACAAGAAAUUAUCGGAGUAUAAUAAUAAAAUUCCGAACAUUUCAAGUGAUAAAGGACAGGAUGAAUUGAAGCAGACCAUUGCAAAAGUUUUGGAUAGUCAAAAAUCUACGACGAAGGAUAUACAGCAGGAUAUAAAGAACUUACAGAAUCAAGUUAAACAAUUACCACAAAAAGAUGAUAUCACCAGGAGCCAAAGUAGUAUUUUGAAUAAAUUAACAAAUGGAACUAAUUGCCACGUUCCCUCAUUAGAAAAAGAUAUAAGCAAAAUUUUAGUUGUGGCAAACAAAAGUCACAAUGAUACUGUUAAAAAUACAAAUGUUUUAAUAACAGUUACAGAUACCUUGAGGAAAGGCUUUGCUAAUGCGAAUAACGCUUUGGAUAACCAGAACAAACACUUGAAUGAAGUUUUGCAAAAUAUAAAAGCUUUACACAAUCAAAUAAGCAAACUUCCUCAAAAAGAUGCAGAGGUUAAAAGUCUACGUCAUUUAGAAGAUAUUUUGAAUCAUACCAGAGAAAAUCAAAAAAACACGCGUCAAAUUUUAAAUAAUAUCGAUACAAGUCACAAGGAAACUAACCAAAAUAUUAAUGGUUUGUCAGAAAUUACAAAUGUUGCAAUGAAGAGUUUAGCUAAUGUUAAUAAUGCUAUCGAUAACGAGAAAAUUACUACAAAUGAAAUUCUGCAAGAUUUAAGAAAGUUAGAAAACAAAUUUGUCCAACCAGAAAAUCAAUCAUCAGUAUUAAUAAAAUUGGAAGAAAUACUCAAUGAUAUACGUAAUAAUCCUUCAUGGAAUGAAAUGAAACAAGCUUUAAAUAAAAUUAACGACAAUCUUAAUAAUGGUCAAGACAACAUUGUUAGAAAUAUCAAUGGUGUCACAGAAGUAGCAGCUACUUUAAUAACGAGUGUUUCAAAUACAAAUAACGCUAUUGAACAAAUCUCGCGAAAUAUGACGAGAUUAUUAAAUGAUAUUAAUCAAGUAGCAACCGAAGGACCAUGUGGUUCUAAAAACAACACAUCAUCUUUGAAAGAUCUUCAUAAUAUUCUAGUUGAAAUCACCAAUAAUAUUGCUAGAAAUCAUGGUGAUACUACGAAUAAUCUACGUAAUUUGGCAGAUAUGGCCUCUAAUUUGAUUAACAAUAUGGCAACAAACUACGCUUUGGAUAACCAGAACAAGAUCGUUAAUGAAGUUUCACAACACGUGCAGGUCCUGCAAAAUAAAAUAAACCAACUUCCUCAAAAAGACGCGGAACUUAAAAGUCUACAUAGUUUAGAAGACAUUUUGAAUCAUACUCAAGAAAAUCGUAGGGAAAUAAGUGUAAUUUUAAGUAAUAUUAAUGAUACUAAACAAUAUUUCAACGGUUUGUCAGAAAUAGCAAAUGAUUUAGCGAAGAGUUUAGCUAAAGCUAAUAAUGUACUCAACAAGCAAAAAACUACAACGGAUGAAAUUUUGCAAGAUUUUAGAAAAUUGCAAAACUCCGAUAAUCAAUCAAAUGUAUUAGGAAAAUUAGAAGAAAUACUGAAAAGCGUCUAUAAUAACCCCUCAGUAAAAGAAAUGAAAGAAGCUUUAGAUAAAAUGAACAAUAAUCUUAAUAUUAGUCAAGAUAACAUUAUUAAAAAUAUAAAUGGUUUCACAGAAGUAGCAGCUACUUUAAUAACCAGUGUUUCAGAUAAAAAUAAUAGUUGCAAUGGACAAAAAUCAGAUGUCAAAGAAAUUCAACAAAAUAUUAAGUAUCUGGAAGAGAAAAUCGAUGAAUUACCACACAAACAUGAUAUCAACUCAACACAAAAAAAAACUUUACAAGAAUUAGAAAAUAUAUCAAACAAAAUAUCUAGUUGCCAAAGCGAUGGAGUCAAAAACAUUUUAGAGGAAAUAAAUAAAACCAUCAACAGAACUCACGCAGAUGCAAUUGAGAAACUAAACGAUUUGUCAGAAAUAACAAGUACUUUAGGAAAUAGUUUUGCCAAUAAUUAUGAUAAAAUACGUGCUGAAAUACAAAAUCUUUCUGGAUUAGAUCAAGUAAUAAUCAAAACUGCUGAUACUGUAAUAGAUACGAAACGUCGAGUAGAAUUUGCGGUACAUAACAUCGUAGCAGAAAUGACAAAACAUUCUAAAGAAGAUGUCAAACAUAUUAGUCAAUCAAUAAACGACAGAUUAGAUAUUUUCGAACAAUCCAUAUUAGAUGAAGAUUCUGGAGCAUUAGCGAACGUAACAUCGAAGAUUGAAUCUGAUAUACAACAAGUUUGGAGGCAAAUAGGUAUUAUGUAUCAACAAAUGAGUAGUAACUCAGAAGCCUUGGAACAUUUGCAGAAUCAGACUGAUUUGUACGUCAAUGGAUCUCUUGGAACAAUGAACAACGUUAAAGGAAAAGUUGGUCAAAUAACUAACAGAAUAAUAGAAGUUGAUGAAAACCUCAAUUACCUUUUAGGUAGAUUAUCUUUAGUAACACAAGAAUUUAACCGAAUCAAAACUGGUCUAACAUCAGCCUUGGAUCAAAUAAGAGGAAGUUUCCACGCUGUUCAAAGUAAGCUGAAUGAAGGUCCCGGACCUCAUCCAAUCGAAAACGAAGAAGUGCCCUUGAAUUGAAUCUUUUAUGAGUGAAUAUUUAUUAUACUUUUCGUUAAGUGGAAAAUAUGUACUUUAGAUUAAGUAGGAUUUAUUUCUUUUAUCUUUGCUUGAAUGUUUAGAAUAUCGUAAAUUAUUUUUAUCCUGGAUCAAUAUCCAGUAUAAUAUCCAAUAUAAUUAUUUGAGAAUACUUAUAAUUAAAAAAUUUUCUACUGCAA